AAAUAGGGGUACUUUUCAGCCCGUCAAUCUAGCGGUUUGUUUCUUUGGCAGACAUUGUACAAAUGGCGUCGACAAGCCGUGGAGAUGGUUUGACCCUUCCCAGAGUUCACUGCCCCAACCACCCCGAUGCCAUCUUGGUGGAGGACUAUCGAGCAGGGGACAUGAUUUGCCCCGAAUGCGGCCUCGUUGUAGGCGAUCGAGUGAUUGACGUCGGUUCCGAGUGGAGGACGUUCUCGAACGAGAAAGCGCUCAAAGAUCCGUCCAGAGUGGGAGACGCGCAGAACCCGCUGCUAAAUGGAGGAGAUCUUACUACCAUGAUCAGCAAGGGAACAGGCGCCGCUAGUUUCGAUGAGUUCGGCAAUUCCAAGUACCAGAAUCGGCGCACCAUGAGCAGUUCGGACCGCGCAAUGCUCAACGCCUUCAAAGAGAUCACCACCAUGGCCGAUCGCAUCAACCUCCCCAGAAAUAUUAUCGACAGAACCAACAACCUAUUCAAGCAAGUUUAUGAACAGAAGAGCCUGAAGGGUCGAGCCAACGACGCCAUCGCGUCGGCCUGCCUCUACAUUGCCUGCAGACAAGAAGGCGUCCCGCGGACAUUUAAAGAAAUUUGCGCUGUGUCGCGCAUCUCCAAAAAGGAAAUCGGCCGCUGCUUCAAGCUCAUCCUGAAGGCGCUGGAGACCAGCGUGGACCUGAUUACCACCGGAGAUUUCAUGUCGCGCUUCUGCUCCAACCUGGGCCUGCCCAAGCAGGUGCAAAUGGCCGCCACAUACAUUGCAAUGAAAGCCGUGGAGCUGGACCUGGUACCAGGACGCAGUCCCAUCUCCGUGGCAGCCGCCGCCAUCUACAUGGCCUCGCAGGCCUCCGCUGAGAAGAAGACGCAGAAAGAAAUCGGAGACAUCGCCGGUGUGGCGGACGUGACCAUCCGACAGUCGUACCGACUCAUCUACCCUCGCGCCGCCGAACUUUUUCCUCCGGAUUUCAAAUUUGACACGCCGGUUGACAAGCUGCCCCAAAUGUGAAAAGAUCCACUUUUUUAUUCACCUGAGAUUUCAAGCAUUUGCUCUGGCGUCCUCAGAGCAGAAAGAUGGACACACAUUCCAGUUAUCGCAAGAGAUGAACUCUUACCUACUUGACGGACAUGUUCAAAUGGGGUAAAAAAAAACAACAACAAAAAAACACUCUUUUAGGCUGCAUUUAUUAAAAACUUUGGGUAGGAGAAUUAUCCGCUUCUGUUUUGUUUGUUUGAACUUUAAUUUAAAAUAAAA